AUGAUGAUGAUGAAGACGCUCCACAGCUGAUCGAUUAAUCGGCUCUGCUCGGUUAUUAGGCCCCGCCCCUCCUCUCCGUCACGUCUCACCGGAGCUUGUCGAAGGCUAGCAGCUAACCGGGCGGCUUCCUCUCAUGUCUCUUCCUGUUUUGUUCUCGUCCAGCGGAGCCGUUACCGUGCCGAACCGGUCCGGACCCGCCGCCCGUGCGUCCCGGAGCUCCGGUUCUGACAUGCGGCAGCUGUUAUGUAACACCGGAGCCGCGAACGGAACCGCCAACCCGCCGCCAUGAGCGACGCGCAGCAAGAACCGUCCCCGGACUUCGUCCUGAUGCGGCUCGUCUCCGCCGCCGAGUACGACCGGCUGGACGAGCCCGAAGACCUGGUCCGGUCCGGGUUCGGGCCCGUGAAAGCCGCGCUGGGACACCGCGGCGGCGGGUUCGAUGUGGACCCCGGCGGCCCCUCCUCGGGCCUCGGGUCCGGAUCCCCGCACUACAGCUCGCCGCUGGCCGGGAAAGGUGAGCUGGACGGCGGGCUGGUGCUGACGCAGGCCCCGCUGGGUUCCGAGCCGCCGGGGGUCCUGGCCCCCCCGCAGGACGGUUCUGCCGGACCCGGAUCCAGGGCGCAGCUCAUGGUGUUCCAGAACCUGCUGCGGUCCGGAGACCGGAUCCUGGAGUUCGGACCGGAGGGGUUCCUCCAGGAGGAAGCGGAGAGGCAGCACCUGGACCCAGGACCAGGUUCAGGUCCUGGUGGCACCACAUCUGGUCCCGGUCCUGGAGGUGGUCUGGAGCAAAGCUCUUGUCGUGUCCCGUCUGCAGAGGAGGACCUGCAGUGGCACCCGGUCCUCAGACUCUCCAAGGUGUCUGAAGGACCCCAGAACCUUCAGCAGGACCCGGGUGUGGACCCUGAUUCUGGUCCGGUUCUGUGUCACAGACACCGACUGGCCAAGUGGCCCCCGGGCCUCCUGGACCAGGCCCUGCGCCUGGGACUGCUGGAGCACAGGAAGACCUGCUCAUCGGGGGCCGAAGACCCGGUCCUGGUUCUGGCCCAGAGGCUGGGUCAGCUGGGGGAGGGGGGGGGCAUCAGUGGAGGGGGGACACCUGGAGGUUCUGGACCCGUGUUCUCCAGCGGGACCCUGAGCGGUCUCAUGCAGCAGGUCCACAGACUGGCUGAGGAGGCCGGGGUCUGCACGGACCAGAACUGCAGGUCCGCCGUGUCCCCCUCCCUCAGCACCACCGCCCCGUCCCCGUCCGUCCCCCCGCAGACCGCCCCCGUCCCUGCAGCGGACCUCAAAGAYGUCCCGGUCUCUCCGGAUCCGACCCCCCGGGCCCGGCACCAGUCCAGAUCCCAGCCCCAGAGCCGCGCCGCCACCCCCAAGCUGGGCGUGGCCUCGGGGGGCGCCGGGCGGUCCGCCUCCCCGCUGGUGGUCCUGGACCGGGACAAGACAUCCAGGAAGUCCAGGAAAGGGGGGUCCCUGAAGGUCCGGCUCAGCAAGCUGUUCAGAACCAAGAGCUCCAGCGGGGGGUCCGGGGGUCUCCUGGACAAGAGACCGUCCCUGGCCUCGUCCACCUCGUCAGGGGGCAGCCUGCUGGACGUGUGGGGGUCCACCUGCAGCAACACGGACCAGGACAGCACCAGGCUGCAGGUGUCACGACCUCACAGUGCCUUCUCUCCGGUACCGUUCAGCCCGCCGUUCACCGGUGAGACGGUGUCUCUGGUGGACGUGGACAUUUCUCGCAGGGCGGGGACAUGUCUCCACCCCCCCACCCCGCCGCCCCCGCCCCGCCGGAGCCUCAGUCUGCUUGAUGACUUCGGGGGUCCUCCUCAGAACCAGGGAGCCUUCAUGGAGCGGACCGCGGGCGCCUCCAUGCAGUCCCUGCCCCCCCGGCCCCUGGCCCUGCCCCCCUCCCUCAGCGCCAUCCAGCACAGCCUGAGCCUGAACGACACCUUCCUGAGAGGUCUACCCCGACCGGUACCGCUGCGGCCCGACGGCCAGAACCCCCCGGCCCGACUCGCCCCCCGCUGCCCCCUGAGCCGAGCCGACGCCGGCAGCUUCGCCACCAGCCUGAGGGAGCUGGAGAAGUGCGGCUGGUACUGGGGUCCGAUGAACUGGGAGGACGCUGAGAUGAAGCUGAAGGGGAAACCAGACGGGUCGUUCCUGGUCCGGGACAGCUCGGACCCCCGGUACAUCCUGAGUCUGAGCUUCAGGUCUCAGGGCGUCACGCACCACACCCGCAUGGAGCACUACAGAGGGACCUUCAGUCUGUGGUGCCACCCUAAGUUUGAGGACCGGUGCCACUCGGUGGUCGAGUUCAUCGAGAGAGCCAUCAUGCACUCCAAGAACGGGAAGUUCCUCUACUUCCUGCGCUCCCGGGUCCCAGGUCUGCCCCCGACCCCGGUCCAGCUCCUGUACCCGGUCUCCAGGUUCAGCAGCGUGAAGUCUCUGCAGCACCUGUGCCGGUUCUGCAUCAGACAGCUGGUCCGGAUCGACCACAUCCAGGAGCUGCCGCUGCCCACGCCUCUGAUCUCCUACCUGAGGAAGUUCUACUACUACGACCCGGAGGAGGAGAUCAGCCCCCCACCGCCGGAGGGCAGGGAGAGCGGGUCGGACCCCGGGUCAGAACGUGGGCCGGACCGCAGCUCGGAGCAGAGUGGCCCGCCGGGGGUGGAGUCCCAAACGUAGCACCAGAACCAGAGACCAGGUCUUCUCUUCCUGUCUUCACUUGAUAAUCAAACCGGACUCUGACGCAGCCAAUCAGCUCCCUCCGCUCAGUCCCGGACCCGGGCGGGUUUCAGAUGAUCCCCCUCCUCUGAUUGGCUCGCAGCGAGUCGACAGCGGGGGGGACGUGGGAUGAGGAGACUCCGCCUCCUUCUGAUGUCAUCGCUGAGCAGCUGGACUGACGGUGGCAGUGGGAGGACUCUGAGAGAACUGGACCCGUCUGUCACCUCCUGGACCCGAAGAAACCAGGAGGUUUUUAAUUGGGUCGACCCGGUUCUGGAGCCAAACCUUGUCAAAUCAAAGGUUCUGUUUGUUUAUUUCUUCCUGUGGGGUUCUGAUCCAGCUGCAGAUCUGAAGACGUGCAGGAGCCACAGGUGGACAGAGGGGGCGCUCUUAGACCUGCUUUUUAUCCAAACUGCUUUAAAAAUCAUUUAAAGUUUAUUUAAAUCAAAAAUAAACCUGAGAUUUAAAGAUUUAAACAUAAUUUAAUGUAAAA